AUGGAUUACAGUAAACAAAGCAAAAAGACUUACGGUGCAGGGGUAAUCGGACCCCCCAGUACCGGCGCGGCGGGUAGUUUAUGUGUAGGCUCCCCCGCGUCGUUAUCUAGCGACUACACAGUACGGGUGGUAGACCGCCAGGCCCCCGUAAAGGUAACAGCUACUGGCGAAGCUUCUGCAUCUAAUCAGGGAUCAGCGGAUGAAAAGCGUGCGUUUGUGAGAAAGCCGCGCGUGAGCAGAACUCCUCCGAGUAUCCACAAGGACAGUGUUUUUAAAGUACCAAGAAAAAGGUUGGAGUCGGUCGACCUGACGGGAGACGAGUCGGAAACAGAUGGUGAUAGCGAUGUAAGUAGAAGACUUGCGCGAGGAAGAAAAAUAGGAAAACCCCCUCCACAACAAAGAAAGGAGAGUUUAACCUUGGAGGAAAAGGUUGACGCGAGUUUGGCGGUCCUAGAGAGGGUUCUCAACGUGAUUAAUGAUCACAACGUAGUUUUUGACAACCUGAUCCUGAAAAAGGAAGGUGAGACAGAUUGUGCACUCAAGAGCACGUACGUGUCUUUCAAAGACAACAUUAGAGAAGUGAUGUUGGCGGUGACUGACCUAAGAAAGGCCCACACGGACCACACAAGGAGCGGAAAGAACAGUGAUACUUACCAGAUGAAGACGAAGACAAUGAUGACGCCAGGAGGGACGAGUGUUGAACAGCCACCUGAAAAAGAAAAAAAGACAAUUGCGACGCAAACAGAAAGUGAUGGGAGGUGUGAUUUCCCCCCUCUUCCGAAUAGACAGAAGAGAAAGGAGAUCACCCCCCCCCCCCCCACGGAUAAUCAGGGGAAAAGGAAAAGGUUCUUCAACACACAGAGCGAGACACCUAGAGAGAGGAGACCAGUUGAUAGGUACAAAGGGAGAGUACAGGAUGUAGGCGAAGACUCCGGAGAGGGGGAAUGGACGGAGAUUAGAAGGAGAAGGAGGAAAACUAACCUGGAGGACACAGAUAGGACGGAGAUGGUAACACCGAAUAGGAACGCUAGGGGGAUAAACGCGAACGAGAGAGGGGGCGGUUCUAAGAAUACGCCCAGGAGGGCCGUGAAACCGCAGGCGAUCGCGGUUAGGUUUGGAGAGUUUGCACCUGGGUCUGACCUGGAUGAACUUAGGAAAAACUUAGAUGGUAAGCUGGGAGUGAAUGUAGAGGUAUCCAAGCUACAAACAAUGAUGGAUGUAGAGAUGAGGGGGAUAGAUCCCUUGGUAGAGAAAGAGGAGGUCCUGGAAGCCAUCAGGGCUGAGCUUGGACACGAGGCCAAAGGUGUGAGGGUCAAAGUUCUCCGCACAGACCCAAGAAUGAGUAAAGUAGCGGUUAUUGAGGGACCUGCUGCGGACAUGCAACGGAUUCUGAGGGCGAACAGGAUUAUGAUCGGAUGGACGGUUGUUUCUGCGAGAGAGAUACCGAGGCUACUAAGGUGUUUUAAAUGCCAUGGUAUUGGCCACAUAGCGGGUGGCUGCAAGCUCGUUGUGGGAGAUGGCGGAUUGUGUAGGAAAUGUGGGGCUGUAAGACACCACAUGAAAGACUGCCCAAACGAGCCAAAGUGUAGGCUCUGUGUGGAAGACGGUCUCUCCGAGAGUCAGACCGGACAUGUUGCGGCCUCUGUGAAUCUUAACCACUGUAGGCUGGCGCAUGACCUGCUAGCUGUCAGUGCAAGGGAGCAGGAAGCGGACAUAUUGGUGCUGUCCGAACCGUAUUUAACGCCAGAUAACUGGUUUACGGAUCUAACGGGUAGGGCUUCCAUCAGCAUCACCAAUACAGGUAUAGCUAAAAGCAGGAAGUUAACGGUCCUGAGCUGUGAUAAGGGCUUUGUCUGCAUCAAUUACAACGAUAUAUGCAUAAUGAGCGUAUAUGCCUCCCCCAACGAUAGUAGCCAAGCUUUUGAGGCACAACUAGCGUCGAUGGAGAUGUUUCUAGCUGGUAUUAAGGGGACUUUAUCCAAGGUCAUAGUCGCAGGUGAUUUCAACGCUAAAUCGCCACUGUGGGGGUCGAAGAAUUGGUGCAGUAGAGGCAGGACCCUGUACCAGUGGUGUAAUGGGUUGGGACUGACCCCCACCAUAGCAAAAGGAGGUGUUACUUGUGAUAGGGGAGGGGGGUCAGUGGUUGACCUCCUUUUCUGUAGCAACGACGCCAUGAAACUUCAUGUAUCAUCGGAUGUAUUGGACAUAUACACGGCAUCGGACCACAGGUAUAUUGUGCGAAAGUUUGGCAGGGCUAAGACGGAUUCCAUGAGGGAGAAGGACCCGUUUGACCUAGGAAAACCAAAAAUUGAUGAAGCUGGACUCCUGGAGGAACUUAUCCGGAAAUACAGGGACGAGGCCUACGACAAGAGAGUUAAAACGGGCACUACGUUGGAGGUAGACAAGUUUAUUGAGGACGUGGAUAGACUGGUUAACAAGUAUACUUCUUAUAGAGGCCCAUACAAGGGUAACAAAACACCUGUAUACUGGUGGAAUGAGGAUACGGCUAGAUGCAAAAAAGAGGUAAACAAGGCGAGGAGGAGAUACACUAGGUUAAGGGCUAAGGGUAAUGAGAGAGAUAUAGAGGAGGCGUAUAAGGUAUAUAAGACGGCACAGAAAACAAUGAAGCGUGCGGUGGAAAAAGCCAAAAAAACUAGUUGGAAAAAUAUGCUAACGGAUAUUGACAAGGAUAUAUGGGGGAGACCGUACAAGGUGGUCACAUGGAAACUGAAGGGAAAGGGUAGUAAGCCAGAUAUACUGAGUGCCGAAGAAGUAGAGUCAGUGGUAAAGAAAUUAUUUAUCCUGUCCCCUCCGAGGCUGGAUACACCUGAAAAAAACGCUGAAAUAGUGGUUAGAACUGUUGAAAAUGAAGAUGAAGUUAUAUACUUACCUGAUGAACCCGGAUGUACUGGAGCACCUGAAAAAGAAAAUAACAAUGAUUGGAAUGGAGAGAGAAGAGGUACGGGAUACUUACCUGGGGGACCGAGAGAGAUACCUGAAAGAGAAACAGAAAUUAGAGAGAGAGAAAUUAAUGUGGAAGAAGAACUGCCAGAUGUACCUGUUCCUGUACCUGUCACGCUUGAGCACCGAAGAGUGGGAGGGAUUACCCCCGAAGAGAUUACCUUAGUGGUGAGAUGCCUACCAGUUAAUAAAGCGCCUGGGCCUGAUAGGAUGCCUACGUCAGUUGCAAAAAAAUUCAGCCUGAGAGCGGCUAGGUGGCUAGCGUAUAUUUAUAACAUCUGUUAUGCUAGAGGAUAUUGGCCAAGGUCGUGGAAGACCGGACGUUUGGUCCUACUACCUAAAGGGAAGGCGACAAGAGCAGAUGAGAGGGCAUAUAGGCCCCUGUCGGUAAUCUCCUGCCUGGCGAAAAUACCGGAAAAACUUGUUAAGACGCGUAUUUUAAGAGAAUUAGAAAAUAAUGACCUGGCCGAUAAUCAAUAUGGCUUUAGGAAAGGUCGCUCAACGCUCGACGCAAUGGACAAAGUGGAUGGCAUCUGGCAAAAAGCCCGCAAAGAUAGAAGGCACUGCCUCCUGGUCCUGUUGGAUGUAAAAAAUGCAUUUAACACGAUCAGGUGGGGCAGUAUCAUUAGGUGCUUAGAGGAAAGAGGAUUUGCACCAGAGCUUGUUAACCUGAUACGAAGCUACCUGGAUGAAAGGUGGAUAGUCUAUAAUGCGGCGGAGGGGGAACUCAAUUUCCAGGUGUUUGGGGGGGUUCCACAGGGCUCCGUCAUCGGCCCAAUUCUGUGGAACUUGGUAUACGACGGCUUACUGAGGGUGAGACUGCGCAGAGAUGUGCACCAGGUAGCGUAUGCGGAUGACAUUGGUAUUGUCAUCGUUGAUGUCGAUUUGGCUAGACUGGUGUAUGUAGCACAGGAGACCAUCAAAGACCUGGGGAUAUGGUACAAGAGUGAGGGGCUGAGUCUGGCGCACCAUAAGACGGAAGCCAUCUUGUUGACGGGAAGGAAGGUAGCGGGUGGCCUUAGCGUGAUAUGUGGGGAUGCGGAGAUCAGAACUGCACGUACGGCACGGUAUCUGGGCCUUAUAUUGGGCAUGAACCAUGGUUUUAAGAGUCAUAUUGAAACCGCCUGUAGCAGGGCUCUUAAAUAUGCAGGUGUGUUGGCUCAUCUGAUGCCCAACCUUGGUGGUGCAGGAAAUCUGGCCUGGAGGUUGUUUUAUAGAGUAGUAGAGUCGGUGAUACUCUAUGCGGCCCCGCUAUGGGUUGGUGGUCUGGAGCUUAGAACAAAUUGCAACCUGUUGUCUAGCACACAGCGUACCGCGCUGCUAAGGGUAGCGCAAGCCUAUAGAACAACAUCAUGGGAUGCACUCUGUGUAAUAACAGGACAGAUACCCAUCGACUUGCUGUUGAAGGAAAGAGCACGCAUUUACGCGAAAAGGAAGGAAAAUAGGGAACUCAGUAAUGAGGAGAUCGCCAGGAUCAAGAAAGAAGAGAGGGAGGUGACAAUGGAUACCUGGGAGAGGAGAUGGACAGCGUCGACGAAGGGUAGGUGGACCUUCCAACUGAUUCCCAACAUAAGGGAGUGGGUUACAUGGGGACCAAAGUUUCUGAGCUACCAUGUGACCCAAGUUUUAACGGGUCAUGGGUGUUUUGGGUCGUAUUUAUUGAGGAUUGGCAAACAGGAAAACGCAUUUUGUUGGUUCUGCGAGGGACACGAAGAUAAUCCAGAACAUUUUUUACUUCAUUGUAGUCGCUGGCGGGAAAAAAGAGCAACACUGAAUGCUACCAUAGGUGAAAAUCUAGGUGUUGGAAACUUCAUCAGGCUAUUUGGUGACAGCAGAAGUAGAGAACAGAUAAUCAUGUUUUUCAAAUCUGACAAAGGGCACUUUAGUUCGACUAUAGUUUUACCCCUGGAGCAUGGUCAUGUACACCUUUAUAAGCUGACGAAAAUUAAAUAG